AGCAUCCAAACUAGAUAAUAAAUCAUAUAAAAAGAACAGAGUAUGUCGAACUGUUGGCUGAUUGUUUAGAUAUCAUUGGUGAAGUUGAGUGGCUAGCAAUAUGCGUGUUUUUGUUUUACUCACAGCCGUUUUAGUGGGCGUGAUUGCUUUGCCAACUAACAGACCUGAACCUGGUGAAUUAGCCUUCGUACUUAGCGAGGAUGCAUUCGAGGACUAUCUGGAUGCGUGGCUUGCAAUAGAAGAAAACAAAGGAGCCAAUACAACUGCGAAUUUUAAUCUUCGAAGUGGUUGUACCUUCAGAGUGAACGGAGAUCUUGGCCAGCCUCAGCCCGUGUACCUCCUUGGGAAUAACUUUCUUCGUCCCAAUAGUAACUCUGGUCAGAUUCAUCUCAACGUUGGCCAACAAGUCCGAGUGAGCUGUCCCGGUUCUGGACGCACUAUUCAGCAUGCGAACUUAGCAUCUUCCGUACAUACUGCUACUGCUACUUGUGUAAAUAAUAAUCUAGUCUCAGGAUCAGGAUGGCUCCAUGGAAACAGUGCCUUUGGGGGUCUUGUUUGCUCAACACACCCUGCCCACCAGGCACAAGCGACGGGUGGCAGAUGUUUUAAUAAUAAUAUUGUUAUCAGAGUUGGUUUUGUCGUCGAUAAUGUGUUCCAUACAUGGUAUCAAUCCUGUUUCGAUCAAAAUCGUUUGGAAGUAUUAUAUGUCUGGUACAAUCAAGAUGCCACUAACGCAGUUCAUCAAACUAAUGUAGCCAGGCCAAGUUGGAGUGCUGGCAGUUUCUUCCCUGGGCUAAAUAUUAACAGCGUGUACACUCAAGUACAACAGAAACAAGCUAUUGCAAAUAUUGUUGGACAAAGUAUGGCUGAUCGUUAUGUGACAAGUACUCAGUUUUUAGCCCGAGGUCACCUUACAGCUAAGAGUGACUUUGUAUUUGCUACUGCUCAACGUGCUUCAUUUUACUUUAUUAAUGCCGCUCCUCAAUGGCAGCCGUUCAACGCUGGAAAUUGGAACUGGCUCGAACAGAAUCUCCGAGCCCGUAUCGGCCAGGCUGGAUAUAAUACGGUUAUUUACACGGGUACAUUUGGAGUUACUCAACUUCGUGACGCAAGUGGGCAUCUUCGUAAUAUUUUCCUUCAUCAAUCUGGCAACACUCCUCAAGUUCCUGUACCAAUGUAUUUCUAUAAGGUGGCAUAUGAUGCGAGUCGUCGUCUUGGAACUGCUUUUGUUAGUAUCAACAAUCCUUAUUACACACUUGCUGAAGUGCGCAGCCUUCAGUUCUGUACUGACCGUUGCCGUAACAACAAUGCCUUCAACUGGCUCAACUGGCAGCCUGAUCGCAUCGAUAUCGGUUACAGUUUUUGCUGUACCAUCCCCGACUUCAGAAGAGUUAUCGCACAUAUUCCAAACUUCAGCGUCAAUGGUCUUUUAACAUAAGUUGUAUACAUGUUACUUUACUGCUUCUCGAACUAUGGUGGUGUAAAUAAGAUUUUUUUAAAAUAUUUUUCCGAGGUAUUUUUUAUCAUUUCAUGUGAAAGCUUUUAU